UAUCAGCAGGAGAAGCUCCAUCAUUCCUGGUAUUUGGAGCGUGCACGAACGGAGUGUUUGCGACCCCAAAUGUUUUCCCCCUCAGACUGCUGCGCGUCCACGUCAUCGUCGUCGUCCCCUCCACCACUCCAUCCUUAAAACUGCUGCAAAACUACUCCUCUUUACUAUUUUACCGUCGUUGACCGUCACAGCAGCUGUAAGCAGUCCGGAGCAGCAGUGUUAUCCGACAUGAGGCUGGGACUCGCCGCCCUCACGUGUUUCUUCAGCUUUGUGUGGCUGUCGGAGUGCGCGCCUCCGACCUGCUACUCUAGAGCGCUCGGUCUGAGCAAAGAAGUCAUGUCUCUGCUGGAUAAAAUACACACGUACCAUCGCACGAUAACGUGUGCUAAGGUUCUACCCACGAUCUUCCUUGAUGUGCAUAACUCAUGUGUCACAACCAAGCUCCGUGACUUUCUCUACGUGGUGCUGAACCAUCCUGACCAGUACUGCAGAGAGCGUCCCAGAAUGGUGCUGCUCAAACGUAAAAUCCAGAACUUGCACACCAUCAUCACCAGAGUCUGUUAUCGGGACCUGGUGUUUUUCACAGAUGACUGUGAGGCCAUUGACACUGGACACAGCAGCCCUCACUAUGCAGAGGACAGGCUUCAGCUACUGCAAGAGGAGAGAUAAUCAACACACACACAGCAGAUUACAGACGCCCAGCGGUCUGUUGCAUUUAUAAAAACACAUCAGCAAUAUGUAGAAUGGUAACGCAUGUACACUACACACCGCGGCCUGCACUGUAUUAGAUGCAUCAUAAAUAAUACACACAGGGCGCUGUUUUCAUGUCGUACCUAUUUGGCUCUGCGUGAGCUGCAACCUCAUGUUAGUGGACAUGUGUGACUACAUUCUAGCAAGGAGUCCAGAAAUUUCCACAGGAAAUUUGCUGAAUGCCAACCAUGCCGUUGAAAACCUUAAAAUAAUAAACCAAUAAGAGAUGCUUGUGAGCUGGGCUUAACCGCUGCUUACUUACAUGGGCUAAUCAAAGGUCCAUGUGUCAUUAAGAGAAAUAAGUUGUGUUGUCAUAACCCUUGGUAUGACUAAAAUGUCUUAAAGGAGCACUAUACAGUAUUUUGUAAACAUUUGAAGAGCUGAACAUGGUGGUUUAAAAUGUUACGUAAGAAACAGAUGUACUGAACAUUGCUUUCUCACGCUCAGUCGUAGAGUACACUCCUUCAGAAUUUUGUCACAGAAACAUAUUUUUUUUUUUUUUACUUUUGUUUUAUACCAACAAACUUACAACAGUGCUGCUGCUUGUGCUAAAGCUGAAUAAAAAUGCAAAUGUUCUUGGCCUUAGGCAGAAUAUAUAUAUAAAAUAUGAGAGCCCUCACUGUCAUAUUAGACACUUGCCUGUGUUUAUGUACACUUAAAGACAAUCCAUAUGUCUUACAUUAUGUAAUAAAAUUUCUCUUUAUGUAUCAGCUUGUA